CCCCCCCCUCCCCAGGCCUUCCUGGUUCUUCUCUUCAUUCGGAUCACUUGCAUCUUCUCCCCUUUGGUUCUUUUUCACCCUCUUUUUCUGUUUUUGUCUUACGCACCGUCGAUCCUCGCGAAAUCACCCGCAACUACCGGGGAUCCGCCAUGAGCGUCCUGCUGGAAACCUCUCUCGGCGACAUCGUCAUUGAUUUGCUGGUCGACGAGUCGCCAAAGGCUUGCGAGAACUUCCUGAAGCUAUGCAAAGUCAAGUACUACAAUUUUUCGCCCGUCCACAGCGUCCAAAAGAAUUUUACCUUUCAAACCGGUGAUCCCUUGGGACCUGAUUCCCCCGAGAGCGAUGGCGGAUCCUCGAUCUGGGGUUUGUUGCAAGGUUCCUCCCAGCGCACCUUCUCGCUCCCAAUCCCUCCUAAAUUGAAACACGAAGAGCGAGGCACUGUGAGCAUGGCGACUGUUCCUUCUCCCGACGAUCCGGAUCUACGCAUUGCCGGCAGCCAGUUUCUCAUAACUCUCGGUGAGGGUCUCGACUACUUAGAUGGCAAGGCAGUGAUCUUUGGCAAGGUCGUGGAAGGAUUCGACGUUCUAGAGAAGGUAAACGAAGCCUUCAUCGAUGAUCGCGGGCGGCCACUCAAGGAUAUCAGGAUUCGUCACACGGUGAUUCUCGAUGAUCCUUUCAAUGACCCCCCGGGACUGGUGGAGCCAGCGGAGAGCCCGGUGCCAUCCAAGGCGCAAUUGGCUACGGUGCGGAUCGCAGAUGACGAGGAUCUCGACGACAAUAUGGAUGAAGAGGCAUUGGAAAGGCUACGACGGGAGCGUGAGGCCAGAGCGCAGGCAUUGACCCUAGAGAUGGUAGGCGACCUUCCAUUUGCCGAGGUAAAGCCACCAGAGAAUGUAUUGUUCGUCUGCAAGCUGAACCCAGUCACCCAAGAUGAGGACCUCAACCUAAUCUUCAGUCGCUUCGGCCCAAUUCUCUCGUGUGAAGUGAUUCGGGACAAGCGAACAGGCGACAGCCUGCAAUAUGCAUUUAUCGAAUUCGAGAAUCAAAAGGACUGUGAACAGGCCUACUUCAAGAUGCAGGGUGUUCUAAUUGACGACCACCGCAUCCAUGUUGAUUUCUCGCAAAGUGUAUCAAAACUAUCGGAAAGUUGGCGUAACGCAACCAUUACCAAGCGCAGUGGUCAGCGGGGUGGGUUUGGCGGUGUAGCUGGACUUGAGAAGAAACGCCAGUACCGAGCUGCUGACAACAACAAUGCACGUCGCCGGGAGGACUAUUCGAUGGUCUUCGACAAGAAGGAGCCUGGACGCCCGUCUCCUCCUCGUCGAGACAGGUCAUACAGCCGAAGUCCUCAGCGGAACGAGCGCCGUGAUAGACGAGCUAGUCGAAGUCCCCGGCGAGACUCUUACCGUAGUCGCUACCGAAAUCGAUCGCACAGCCGGAGUCCAGUACGGAAAGACUCGUAUGGCGACCGGCGGUAUGAACGUCGUGACGAUGAUCGGUAUCGGGAUCGCCGACGCCGAUGACCAAGCGAUCAAGGAAAGACAAGACAAAGACCUUCAUGGCUAUGAAAUGAUGUAUACCAACCUAGCUUACUAUGCACAGUAAUUUUGUACACUACCGGCCUUUCUGCCUUCAAGCCUUUCUGGUAAGCAAGUCCUUUUGUGCAGUACCGAGCUUUCGCCCAUUCAGCCAGGCUCGGGAGCUGUCAUGGAGACGUGCAAGCUUGUUCAAAUCACAUAUGACCUUUCGUCUGGCUGGAUUGGUCAUCCUAGAGAACAUAGAUGCGGUUGUCGAUUUAGUGAACCUUG